AGCUUUAAAAUAUUAGUUCUGAUUCGUCCGAAAAUGUAGACAUAUUCCAAAUUUCAGUAAAGAAACACCUAAGUAAUCUGAAAUAGUCCUGAUCCCUAGAUCCUUAGAUUAUGUUCUCUCCAAAGAAAGUUGAUGGCCGUUGGGCAUCCUCCCCCAAGGAAUGCGAUGACGCGAGCAUGCAACAUCGACAAUCGAAGCCGGGGAGUUGGAAAGGCAGUCGCAAUACGAUGUCGGAAAGAGCUGAAGAAAACAAAAAGCAGAAGGAUCCAUGGACGGUCUACGAUGCCAAGGUAAAUCUCCGCAUAAGUGAUUGCCUUGUGAUGCUGGAGUGCAGCCCCCAACCCGAGGAGGCAUUCCACCCCAACUCCCGGGAAUGCCAAUGCGCGAGGGAGUGGCUCAAUGAACUGACAUCUAUGAAGUGCGACACGGUGCUGGAGGCGUGCCUACGAAACGGAUACAUUAGUGCGUUGAGUGUGUGCCUAAACCAGAAGAGCCUCUACGGGAUCUUUGAGCAGAUGCCUCCGGAAGAACUCAUUUGGAUGGACAUUCUGGACAGCUCGACUAAUGCGUCAUCGAAUCAUGCAUCAUUCAGGUCAAAUCAUGCGUCGAGGCAGCAGUUUGAUUCGACGCGGGGAUCACAGCGACCCUUUGAGACAAUGCAUUUGGAAAGUCCUCAGCCUUCAAGCCAACAGCCACGGGAAGCGGUGGAUAGACAACAGCGUUUCAUGGAAGAACCGCAAGGACUUAGGAUAGAACCUCAGGUAUAUAGGGCAGAAGAACCGCAGAGAUUCCAGCAACAGCGGCAGCGAUAUCAGGAACAGCCACAGAAGGAAACCUUCUAUGAUCCUGCCACCUUUCCACCAGCGCCCCAUGUGCGGCAACAGUCGGGCGCCUACUACAAACCGUCGAGCGUGAAAUUCGACACCUUCGGGGCGCCCCCUCGCUUGAAGGCGGCAAGUAAAAAAGGAAAAGGGUUCUCCCCAUCAGGUGAAGAAGGAGGAGGUGUGACAGUUAAGGAUUUGGGCAGUGACAUCAAAGAGGCUCCUCCUGAUUCUUAUUCUGCUAUGCCCACACGUUCGAUUCUUAAGCGGAGCUGCUUCAACGAGCAGGCCCCUCAUGUUUAUCCAUCAUAUCUCAAGAAGCCACUAUCUUUUAAUGACAAACAAUACUUUGAUGAUGAAAUUUGUUAUAAAAGUCCAUUGAAAUCCUGUAGAGAGAAAUUCGCUAGCCAGAAAGAGUACGCGGUCAAGGGAUCCAGACAGCAGCAGAUCGAGCAACACAACACUCAUGGCACCCCGACGAAUCAGUGGAAACCAGAGGCCGCCGAGGAGGAGUCUGACAGAGAGAAAACCAGUCAAACUGUGAUAACAAACCGUUAUUGCGACAUGACCUUCCUAAGGGAGUGCAUUCGUCGCGCGCUGCGCGGUGAAACAUCCGAGGGAGCAAACGACUAUCUGGAUUGUGAGAUAGAGAGCUACAAGAAAAUCUGCAGCCGAUACAGAUGCGACGAUCCCGAAUACAAGGAGAAAAUGCUGGGAGGGGAUCCUAUUGAGCAGAGGACAUACCUGUUGCGCAAUAUGGAAGAGGAUUUGACCAAUUAUGUUCCUUUACUGAGGAAAAGAAAGAUGACAAUUUAAGAGUUUAAAAGGAUUAAUGACUAAUUUAAAAGAUCUCAG